GUGCCCGCCCUUUCUACAGUGCCCAAUUCUGCUCCUCCCACUCCCACGCUCCUCCCCCGCCUUUCCAGCAGUCCAAGAGGCUGCAAGGAAGCCUUGCACGGAGGGAGAUCAAGACCUGACUCCGGAGUUGAAUCUAUAAUUUGGAAAUCUUUCCUGCUUCCCUUGGAGUCCAAAGUAUCUUGUGUGGGAAGAGCGCUGAAUGGCCUUUAGGAGAUUUGGCCAGACGUCUUCUGAUUAGUAAAAUUUGGGAGAUCCAUCCAUCCAUUUUGGAGCUGGAUUAGAAUACCAAAGAAAUGAUGGAGGGACAACACCCACCAGAUGCAGGAGUUGGAAAAGGCCCUCCAGCUACCCAGCCUUGGAGCUGUGGGGAAAAUGGGGCAAGUUCUGGGCAGAAGAGCCAAGAAGAGGAAGCCAACACUUCAGAGGUUCAAUGCUGUCACUUCAGAAAAGUGCAGUUCCAGGAGGGGAAGAGUCCCCGAGAGGUUUGCAGUCAGCUUCACUGCCUUUGCCGUCAAUGGUUGCAGCCGGAAAGACACACGAAGGCUCAAAUACUGGACUUAGUGCUCCUGGAGCAGUUCCUGGCUUUCCUUCCUCCAGAGAUGGAGAAAUGGGUGCGGGAGUGUGGAGCAGAGACCAGUUCCCAGGCUGUGGCCUUGGCCGAAGGCUUCCUCCUGGCCCAGGAGUCGGAAAAGAUGCAGAGGAUGUGUUUGGGGCAAGUCUUCCAUUCUCCUUUGAGUUUCACAAAUGGACAUUGGGGUCUGCUGGUUUAAAGAUGCAGUAUGGUAAUUCCUUAUUCUUUGUUAUCACAUCAU